CUGGACCCACUUUGCUAAAUCCGACCUUUCUUCAGCCAGUGAAAAUAGCAUUUGUGUUAAGUCUCUAACUUUGUUCUUCAUUUGGGCGAGUCAUUCAAACAAAACCGGAACAGUUUCCGGUUUAUUUUUCAUGUUUGACGUUUCUAGGAGUUUAUAACCAAGGGCAUUAGCAUUAGCAUUAGCAGCACCCUGUGGUACAAUGUCAACAGGGCUAGAGCCGCCAACAGGAGGAGCAGAUGCCCCCGUGUCCAAACCCAGCCAGAUGUUUAAGAGCUGCUGGAGCUGCAGGCUUAUCUCCGGAGGUGGGCUGAUUCUGUCCGGAGCUUAUGUGUUUCACGCAGCGCGGAAGGUGAUGCGGCAGGGAGGACCCACCUCAAUGGGGACAGUGGCACAGAUCACUUUCGCUGCAAGUUUGGCUGCCUGGGGGAUAGUAGUCAUCACGGAUCCUGUAGGAAAAGCGCAGAGGAAGACUUGAGGACUCUUUAGAAAGCGUGCGUGUAAAUGGGCUCAGGACUGCGUGGGGUCAUUCACCGGACACCGAGGCAAAGACACUGCUCUGGACAGCCUGCAGAGACCUGUAAUGACAGUGGAUGUGUGCUGACGUUGUAUGGCUGGACUAUGUACUCUACUGCUGGAAGCUGCUGACUUCUUAAAUUAAAACAACUAUUUGUCUA